GUUUAAUGUCUUAUCUAUAUAAACAAAUGUCUAAUGUUUUAAAGAUACGAGGAACAAGACAAUUGAGCAAUGGCUUCUAAAGAAGAGGGUAGCAGCAGGUCAACCAACCCAGCACUGGAUCCGGAUCUGAACAACCCGGAUAAUCCGGGUCUGGUAUUUGCCCAGUUUGCAGCAGGCUGCUUCUGGGGAGUGGAAUUGGCAUUCCAGAGGGUCGAAGGAGUAGUGAAGACGGAGGUAGGCUACUCUCAGGGCCAUGUCCACGACCCAAAUUACAAGCUCGUUUGCUCCGGUACCACCGACCAUGCAGAGGUGAUUCGGAUCCAGUUUGACCCGAAUGUCUGCCCAUAUACCAAUCUGCUUUCUCUCUUUUGGAGUCGUCAUGAUCCCACCACUCUAAAUCGCCAGGUAUCAAAUUCCUUCAUCUCAAAACCUACUUUUCUUUUUAAUUCGUUCCAAAUUUUAGUUCAAAUAAUUGAUGCUACCUGGUAAUCAUAAUUAAAUAAU